AAUCGACAGCCUGCCAAUUUCCGCACUGGCCUCCAUCGCGACUUCAGUUUGGCUCCGACUGCCACUUCUGAUGCGUGCCCGAAAACCGAACGCCCAGGAAAGGGAACAGCUGCGUCGCCAGCGCUCUGAGGCGCGCCUGAUCAUGGCGCGGUGCAAGGAGCGAGGCUUCGAGUAUGUGGUUAAUCCGCCGGAAAUGCCGACGGUUGCCUUUGGCAGAAAAAUCAAGAGGUCUCCCAGCGGAACAUUCCUCGGCGAGAAGGACAUCGAGCCGCCCCCAGGACCAAAUCCAUUCACGUAUGAUUGCAUGAAGGAAAUUGGGUUCAAGUAUCCAUCGAAGGCUGGUUUCUCAGCGCUGGCCAGCAAGACAUCCCGAAUGCCGGCGGCCCGGGACUUGGGAUAUCCCCCUAUCGGCACCUAUAACGUGAAGGAAUCGCGGGACCAGUAUGCCUACACCUUCAACAAGCAGGUGCUCCGCCAAGAGCCCAAGUGGAUGUGUCCUGGACCCUCCAGCUAUAUGUACCACAUGAAGUACCCCCAGUUGAAUGUGGACAUGGCGUUUGGAACCCGGAACGUCAUCUGGCCGGCGGUGGCUGUGUUCUGUGGCGCCUUCGACACCUCCCAGUGCAUGGUGUGUGGCGGGAAGCCGGUGGGCGACUACUUCCAUAGCUUCAGCAGCGACAAGGACAUAUGCCGGAAGUGCAUGCACGCCAUGCAGGCCGUGAUCAAGAAGUGCGACCUGGGCGUGGUGGAGCGAUGGUUCAAGCAGCGCGAUAUCAAGCAGUUUGUGCCCGCCCGCAGCUGCAGCUUCUUCCACGACCACAACGGCACCACGGCCGCCACGGAGAGGACCACGCGCAAGGUGCUGCGCGACAAAAUUCGCGUCGAAAACUACCUAUAUCGCUUCACCCAGAAGACCGUUUAGAAAAUACUAGAAAUACACCGACCAAUGGCGACCGGAGCCAUUCAAUGCAUA